CAGUAUACAUUCUGAUUGUUUUGUUGUACAUUCAUGCAACACUGUUGUAUGAACAUUUAUAAAAGUGUAAGCUCCACUGUCUCAUAGUUGAAGACUCUAAUAAGACUAUAGUGAGAUAUAAAUAUGAAUACUCUACCACUAUUGAUUGUAAUUCUUGUUGCCAGUUCUGAAACUGUUCAAGGCUGCAUUGAUGGAAAGGUACAGAGACUAGAUGAUGGUAGAGUCAAUAUUUGCUCUGAUCAAGAAUGGAAAACUGUAUGUGAGAAAAACCCUGAUGGUAGAUGGAAUGUCCGUAAGACUAAUGUCGCCUGCAGGCUGCUCGGCUACGCAGAUAAUGGUGCAACUGUGAAUCGAAUGUGCUCAAAUAAAACUGCUCAGACUAAUUACAUUAAAGUUCAAAAGUGCAAUGGAACUGAGAAUUUUCUCGAAGAAUGUGGAAUAGCCUCAACCGAUUUUGAGGAUUGUCGAAGUAAUAAUUGCAAUAAUGGUCAGCAAAGAAUUCCUCUAAUAACUUGUCUACCAGUGAACUGCACUAACGGGACUAUAAGACUGGUGGAUGGAUCCACUGACAGAGAGGGACGAGUGGAGGUGUGUGUGGGCGGUCGCUGGGGAACUGUUCAAACAAACAAUUUGCAAAUGGUUGAAUUUGUUUGCUCUACACUGGGUUUCCCAACUGAAGGUUCAAAAGCAGUCAGUACUUUUGGCCAUGGAACAGCUCCAAUAAGAAGCUGUGUAAUAAUAAACAGCAUCAUUCACUGUGUGGACAUUGCAGAUGACAAUUCCUUUGAGCUUGGAGUUGUAUGCAAGACACACGUUGGUGAUUCGAUAUCUGCAGUCUUGGGAGGAGUGAUUGGUCUUCUGGUGGUUGCACUCCUAGGACUUGCUAUUGGAUUGACUGUAACUUGCUGUGUGUUGGGGAAACGCAGGUCACAGAAACAGCAACAAACAGAGUACAGCAUUUCUCAAAGGCAAGAACUCUCAACAAUUCUACAACCAAUCGAACAACUCAGUACACAAUGUGAGCACGGAAACACGCGAUGAACACAGCUCCAGUGGACCGAUCUACGAAUAAAUUGACAAUGGCAAUCAACAAGACCACACCUACUCAAUACUCGAACGCGAUGAAAGCCCAGAUUGUUACUCAACACAGCUCAAUGAUAUAGACAAAGAGCAGAGCUACCAUGUUGUGGAGAGUGAAAGGUGUGAGUGUGUGGAGGGGGCGGGGUGUGACAGUGUGUACAGUGAGGCUAGUAGCGGCGAGGUAACAAACAAUGUCGAGCAAAACGGACAACAAGGUGUGACUGUGUGAAGAGGAGUACUCCACACUCAAGCAUUGAGAGAACUGAACAUGCUCCGAAUAAUUAUAGGGUUUGUAUGAGUUAUUUUUUACUUUAUAGUGUUUCCUGUAUCAGCCAAUGGAAUUUUAUUUUGUAAAAUGAGCAAGCAUCAGUUUGUUUAGUGUCAGGUCCCUGAUAACAAUAACAUAUUUUAAGAAUCCUAA